AUGGCGGAGGUGGAAGAUCUGCUUACAAAAUGGAACGAAGACAACAAGUAUCAAAUGUUGGAACGAUUACCGUCCACAUACAACCCUCUGUAUUCAUUUGUUCUCCCAAAAGGAGAGAACAAGCACUACAUGCAACAGUUCAGCGACAUUUACUUCUUGAGACUGGCAAAGCUCAAGCCAGCCGUCGAAGCAGCAGCAGCUGAUGCCUGGGAAGACUUUGAAAUCGCUGGAGAACAUGCACAGAGAGUGGAGAGAGUGCUUGACGUACGCCAGGGUCAAUUAUGCUGGGUAGCCGGAACCAUCUACAUGGAUUUGCCUUUGAAGCCCAACAUUCUUGACGAGCUCUCCAAGGACCACUGGGUUGCUGGACCCCCUCCUCGGCGAAGUUACUAUUCAACAGCAGAGGACAUCCAGGUAAUGCUCGAGGACGAGUCUGGGCGAUUAAGACUUACCGGUGCGAUGCUGAGAACCAAUUCACUUGUGACGGGGGUUAUCGUCGCUGUACUAGGAACAGAGAAUGCAGAUGGCGAGUUUGAGGUCUUGGAUCUUCAUGUUGCCGAUCUUCCACGACAACCCCAAAGAUGGGAGCGUGACGAAGGCCAGUCAGCUCUCCCAGGGAAAAUGGAAGUAGAUCACGAGAGCCAGCCGAAAAAGAUCGUACUCGUCAGCGGACUGGGCAUAUCUGGGACUGAAGCAGAUACAGUGAGCCUCUCUUUGCUCAGCGAAUAUCUUCUUGGAGAGUCUCUUGGAUUAGGAGAUCAGCUUCCCGCAACAACACUUUGCCGGCUGAUCAUCGCCGGCAACUCAAUCUCCUCAGAUGUCAUCAUCGCUCCUCCGCCCGAUGCAAUGGAUACUGGCACAAGGAAAGCUACUCAGAAGAAGUAUGGGUACGAUUCAACAGCCUACAAUCCUACACCAACUGCUCAUCUUGACCAAUUUCUGUCAGAACUUCUACCAAGCAUUCCAAUCACAAUCAUGCCUGGAGAACAUGACCCUGCAAAUACUAGUAUGCCGCAACAGCCAAUCCAUCAAGCCAUGUUCCCACAUUCUCGAGCAUAUGCAUCUCAGCACCUGAACCAUGAAGAAGAUUCCGAGCCAGGCUGGCUUGAUAGCGUCACGAAUCCUUGGGAUGGCGAUGUCGAGGGAUGGCGAUUGAUGGGCAAUAGUGGCCAGCCAGUCGACGACAUCCUCAAGUACAUAGAUCAUGGAGGCCCAGAUGGAACAGGAGCAGAUGGCAGACUGGAGGUCAUGGAAAGCAUUCUGAGAUGGAGAUGUGGCGCUCCUACUGCUCCGGACACUCUGUGGUGCUAUCCCUUCCAGGAAAAAGAUCAAUUCGUGAUCGAGCAAUGCCCACACGUUUUCUUUGUUGGCAAUCAGCCCAGAUUCGAUACCGCCGUCAUCGAAGGUCCAGCAGGACAACAGGUACGCAUCGUUGCGAUACCCAAGUUUCAUGAGACAGGUCAAAUCGUGCUUUUGGAUUCGGAAACACUUGAGGUGGAGCUAGUCAAGAUCGACGUAUACGACGAGCUGGAUGCCGAGGGCACAUGA